AUGACCGAUUCUUCAUCCCCCGAGUUCAAGACCUUCCAGCUGGGAGAUUGGACCCUCCAGCAUGGAGGAACCCUCUCCAAUGCCCAUCUAGCCUAUCAGACUUUUGGUGAUCCGAAGAAUCCUGCUAUUUAUUUCAUCAUCAUUCCCGCCCUCUUUGGAAAUGGCCAAUCUACUUCGCCAUCCAAUACAUCGUCUUCUAAAUUAUUUCCUGAAAUAUCGUUCUAUGACAAUGUGAGAGCCCAGUACAAACUAGUCACCGAACAUCUAGCCAUCAAGCAUUUGUAUUGCGUGAUUGGAUGGUCGAUGGGCGCCGGCCAAACGUACCAAUGGAUCACUCAGUAUCCUGACUUCAUGGAUCUAGCGAUUCCGUUUUGCGGAAGUGCAAGGACGAGUCUACAUAAUCAAGUCUUCUUAGAAGGUGUAAAAAGCGCUCUGUUGGCCGCAAAGGGUGUAGAUGGCGGCGGUGUCAUGGCAAAAGGUAGCGAGACUAGUCGAUCGUGGACUGAGAAGGAAAAGGAGAUAGGGUUGAGAGCGCUCGGCCGGGUUUAUGCAGGAUGGCAAGCCAAAGACCUUACCCAUGGAAAGAAGCAAAACUAA